UCGUUUGAUACUUAUUAGGAAAUGAGCUAUAUUCGACAUUGCUGCAUGCAUCAAUCGAUCUUACCUGUAUAUCGGCAAAUCAAUCCAUGGUGAGAUGAGUAGUGAAAGUUAUGGUCAUUAAGCGAAAUAGAUGAAGACAAAAUCUUGCAUGCGUCAUAGACUACAUCAAGAACGAAUUUUCGGUGUUAGACAGUGGGUUUAAUGUGGAAAUUUGAUCAAUGCAUUAGAUUUUUCAUCUAUUGGCAUUUGAAUAUAUAAACGUAUUCAAUAACCACACAUCGUUUCUGCACAUCCAGGCAUAUACUCUCCUAACAUGUCUCAAGUCGUUAAGAAUACCCCUUCACCAGGCACCGGUGGUGAUGACUUUGAAAAAUACCAAUUCCCCCAGCUCGCAGGCAUUGAUGCUUGGUACGGAUAUCCCGAUGGGGUCCUAGACCUACGCGGCCUGCGUCUCAGAUUCCGAUCCCGAGAUCUGACCCAGUAUGGUACCGCCAAAGGUUCCCCCGACGCGCAUUACGACUUUGAUCCCGGCGAGAAAGUCACUAGUAUGGACAUCUGGGGAACUGAGGAAAGCGUUAGCGGCAUACACGGUGGAUUCGUCACUGGGAUUGGAUUUAAUACCACCAAGCAACAAAAUGUCUUGCUUGGUGGCAAUUCACAGGCUCACCCUACGCAUCAAACGGUCGGGAAUGGUACAUUUGUUGGAUUAACGGGACGGGCUGGUUCGGAUAUUGAUGCUCUAGGCGGUGUUUUUGCUAAUUAAGGCAAAGAAUUCGUGGGUCCAACAGGAACUCUCUUUAUUUGUCGUUUGCCAAUGGGAAAGGAAUCACUCUUAAUCGAUGUCCUAAAAAAGAUACCUGCAGUAUCGUAUAGUAAUGCGGAAAACGUUUCGUGUAAGCCUUGAUAUGGUUUUCCCACGUAACAAGGGUUUUCCCAUAUCCUCGUGCGAAUGCAAAGGCUUGAAACUUGUUAUUGCGGAGGACACCAGGUUCAAUAAAUGUAACUAAUAAAUGCGUUCUGUCUAACUAGUAACUUACCAAAGCUAAUAGCUAAACCCGAC